UGCUUCAUGUCAAAAGUCAAGUGAGAAGCCACUUAGAUCAGCUGAGAAGAAAGAAUACAAUGAGAAGAAUGGCUGUGUGAAAUUACUGCAGUUUUUAAACCCUGAUCCUUUGAGAGCUGAUGGAAUCUCUGAUGCACAGCAGUUGCAGAAGCUGAAAUCGGGGUCUCGGCAGCCCAUGGCAGUUUUGCGAAACAAGAUUGAGCCCUGCUUGUCUGUCGAGACAGCACCACUCUCAACAGACCUGAAAAAGGCUCUUCAAAGAAAUAAGUUUCCAGGCCCCAGCCACACUGAAUCUUACUCUUGGCCUCCCAUAGCCCGUGGCUGCGACGUGGUGGUCAUUUCUCACUGUGGAAAUGACCCUUUGUUGUACCUUCCACCAAUGCUUACGAUUCUGCAAACAGGGGGCUGCUACAAGUCAUUGCCAAGUAGAAACGGACCUCUGGCAGUCAUCGUGUGCCCUGGUUGGAAAAAGGCCCAAUUUAUUUUUGAAUUAUUGGGAGACUAUAUUGCAUCCUGCAGACCUCUUCAUCCUGUGUUGUUAACAAUCGGACUCCGCAAAGAUGAAGCCAAAAAUAUGAAGCUUCCGAGGGGGUGCAAUGUGGUUGUUACAACACCACAUAGUCUCCUGAGACUUCUCCAGUAUCAAAGCUUGUUGUUUCUUAGACUCUGUCACCUACUUUUGGAUGAAGUGGAAGUGUUACUCUCUGAAGCUAAUGAGCAAAUGUUUGCUAUAUUAGAUAACUUUAAAAAAAACAUGGAAGUUGAAGAAAGGGAAUCUGCCCCACAUCAGAUUGUUGCAGUUGGAGUUCAUUGGAACAGACAUAUAGAGCAUUUAAUCAAAGAGUUCAUGAACGACCCCUACAUUGUGAUCACGGCCAUGGAAGAGGCUGCCCUCUAUGGCUGCGUCCAGCAGGUAGUACAUCUUUGCUUGGAAUGUGAAAAAACUUCUACUUUACUCCAGACUCUUGAUUUCAUCCCAAGUCAGGCACAGAAGACCUUGAUCUUCACCUGUUCUGCAGCUGAGACAGAAACCGUGUGUAAGGUGGUAGAAAGCAAUUCCAUAUUUUGCUUGAAAAUGCAUAAAGAAAUGAUUUUUAAUUUAAAAAGUGUUUCACAACAGUGGAAAAAGAAGUUAAGUUCUGGUUCUCACAUUGUAUUAGCCCUAACAGACGACUGCAUCCCACUCUUGGCCAUCACCGAUGCCACGUGUGUUAUUCACUUCAGCUUUCCUUCCUCACCAAGUUUCGGUGGACGCCUGCAUUGCAUGUCUGAUCAUUUUCAGAGCUUAACUGAACAGGGUUCUGCAGAACAGGGAGAUAAAAAGACCAAAUCUGUCUUGCUGCUAUCGGAGAGAAAUGCCUGCCACGCAGUUGGUGUCCUGCGCUACUUGGAGCGAGCAGAUGCCAAGAUCCCUUCAGAGCUGUACGAGUUUACUGCAGGGGUUCUGGAAGCCAAAGAAGAUAGAAAAGCCAGAAGGCCUCUUUGUCCAUAUCUUAAGGCUUUUGGUUUUUGCAAGUAAGCCAGUCAUCUUUUUUUUGAAAUACAAUAUGCAGUAAAUUGCACAGAUGUUAAAUGUAUAGCUUGAGGGUGGUUAUAUAAGUAAUGCAACCCAUGGGAACCACACCCAGCUCUGAAGGACCC